GCCACUGAAAUCUGAAUUCCGCAGUUUUCAUUUCUUCUUCUAGAGUAAGCUGUUGAGACAUUCGUGUCUGUGCGGCUCUGAUUGAGAGUGAAACGAUGUUUGGGAGGAUCAGAUCGCCUUCUUCACUAGACUCCUUGGAGCGGGCGACUUCUAAGAUUCACAAGGAUGAUUGUCUCUCCAUCUACGAGACCACCCUAAUGAAGCUUAAACUCGGUUCCCAACGAGAACCAUGUCCACCAAUUAAAGAGGAUGCCUUAGAAGAUGGAGAAACUGACUCUAACUCAAGUUCAUCGUGUACUGAGGCAAUGAACACACAUGCAUUUCUGAAGGAUUCUCAUCAGUUAGUCAAUUCAACCAAAGAAGACUUGAUGGCUGUAGAUUCAGAUUAUUCGACGACUACUUCACCUGAUUCUUCCGAGGAUUGCCAAUCAACAGAAUAUUCAACACAGCGUAGGAUGAACAACUCCAUUCUUUACCUAUUCUCUAAGUUUAAAAAGUCUUCAGGAACUCCAAAAAUCAUGGAGGAAGCAGUGGCAACAGAAGACAUCUGUUGCGUGGUUAUGUCACCGAGUUCUAGUGCAUCGCAGUUGACUGACAACAGCGAGCUGCAUUCAGAGCAAGAACCCAUUGAUUUUUCAACUGCGUUAUCAGAAAAGGUUCUGUAACUUGGUGGCGUGAUCGAACAUCAUUGCAAAUCCAGAUUCAGUUACCAAUGGCAAUGAGUUCUCGUUCGUGUUUUACUUCAAACCUGCUGAAAUCAUGUUGUAAUUUUAGUGUCCAAGAUGCAGAAUGUAAAGGAAAUUGUAUAAUUCGCAUAUCCGAACAUGAGCUUAAUUAUGAAGUGUUUAAUUCAACUCUUGUGAAAA